AUGGUUUCCUCUCCCGCUCUACGCGGUAGCUCGCCCGAGCCUUUGACACCGCGUUCCAAAAUCAGAGCUCUGCUAGAAACUGUCGAAAGCAGCGAUGGCGAGGGUGAAGAACAAUCCAACUCGUCGUCAUUGGGCCCGACCGUCAGACACGUUGCUCGACUCGGUCCCAAGUCAUGGAAUAAUGACGACUCUGACGAGUCCGACAUUGUCGCUCGACCGCGAGGCAAGCUGGUCUCGCGAAUGCAGGGUGCACCUCGCAUGAACGGGCAAAUGGCAGCAGAAACGGCUAGAGAACGCGUAAAAAAGAUGCUGGAGCGACAAGACGCGCAACAAGAUGCUGAGCGAAUGUCAAACGGCGACGGCCAAGAUGACGACCUGCCCUUGGCCCCCCGGCGAUUGAAACGUCCCGCUGCGACUGAAAAAGCGCCAGGCCCCGUGGAGCAACUGUCGCGAUCGCCCAGCCCCGGCCUUUUUGUGUCGUCGCCAGUGCGACCCUCGCCUGGUAGGGCCCCUGCCGUAAGGGAUGAUUCCGAAAACGAGCUCCCAGCCCCAAAGUCGGAUCGAUUCAAAGCCUUGGUUGAGCGCAAGAGACGAGAACGUCUGGAAAGAGAGGCUGCUGAAGCAGCUCGGGUGGCCGAACGCGAGGCCCGACAUGAACAGCUCACCUCGGAGCUCGAGCAGCUCCUUCCCGACGACGACGAUGAUGAUGAUGAUGGUGGCAUCACGGACGACGAAGGCGGAAGGCGGCUUAGCCAGAAAAGCCGUCCUGCCCGGAAGGCGAGCAAAAAGGCAAUUGAAGAAAUGAACAGAGAGACACAGCGCUUGGCCAGGAACAUGCAGCUCGCGCACGAACCCAAGACGAGAAGGAAAUUUUCCAUGGCUAGUCUUUUUGAGCGCUUCAACUAUAGGCCUGCUGGCGAACCAGUACAGGACGACCACAUGGACAGUUCCAGCAGACAUGGGACACCACAGUCCGAUGCCGGAAUGAACGAUGCCGAUACUCCGCCCAGCUCUCCUCCCAUGACGAAGCAGACUGAAGAGGCUUCUACAGCACACGGUAUCAAGAUCACAAGCUCCGGAAGUACCGGCACAGCGACUCCUGCAACAGCGGCAAAACAGCCUUCAAAGCGACGAGUUCGAGUUCGAUUACCUGCUGCCGUUGCUGUCACCACCUUUGACUCCGGUGAUGAGCUCGAAAUCACCACCACAUCAAAAAACAAAUUUGACAGGAUCUUUGACAACAUCCCAAGAAACAAAUCUGCUGAAUCGCGGUCCUUGCAGGCCCUGCGCGCCCUGGCGCAAGUGAGAUCGGCCGGAAGUGGGACGAGUCGGAAAGCGGACCGGUUCGAGAUGACGGCUGGUGAGUUACAGGUGUUUCUCGCUACCAAGGCGCGAGAGCAAGCCAGGUUGGAGCGGGACCGUCGUCUGGAUAUCUUGAGGGGACAGGGCAUUGCCAUCCAAACAGCCGAAGAGCGUGAGAAACAAGAGCAGGAGGUUGAGGACCUUGUAGCCAAGGCGAGACAGGAAGCUCAGAAGAUUAUGGAGCAAGAACGCGAUCAAGUCAGACGCGAAAAGAAGGCAAGCGGUUGCGUGGACCCUCUGGCCUGGGAUGACAGCGAAGACGACGAGUACCGAGGCUCUGAUGACGAGGGUAAUGCAGCGCCCUCCGAGGUGGACGUUUCAGGGUCAGAGGACGACGAGACCGCCGAGGACGACGAGGCCGGAGGCGGAAGGGAAGUGAAGGGCAACUCUUUAUUUGACGAGGCGGCUGAAUGCUCAGGUUCGGAGGUUUCCGAGGGCGAGCAAGAUGCUGCUCGGGAUGACGAUGAGGAUGAGAUGGAAGGGCAGGUGGUGGUGACCCGACAACGGAGAAAACGGAACACCAACGCGGUAUUGUCUGACGACGAGGCCGGGGUUGAAGCUACACCUCGACCGGCCGAGGUUGCCACUCAAACAACACCUGCAGCAGCAGGCGCCGCGUCUGUUGUCGCUCCGAGUAGUGUCCUGCGAUCUGCGAAGAAAACAUUCAUCCCUGGACUGCCUGUCCAAGGACCCGCUGGUCUCGGGCUGACCCAGAUAUUCGCCGGUACAAUGGACAGCCAGAUGGGUGGCUCCACCACGGGAGGGCCGACUCAAUCGAUGAUGCCAGAUUUUGAUCAGUUUCCCGACUCCAACUUUUCCGCCACGGCGGAUGAACCCCUGGAGGAUGUGUUGCUGGAUUCGCAAAAUCAGAACACGUACCAAACAACUCAGGGCGUGCAAUUAAAUCUGUCGCAGUCACAGAUGUACGGGCUCGACACAUUGGCAGGCCACGGACCGCAAACACAAAUAUCAGAGCUGAUGGAGCUGUCUCAGGAUGGAGGGCUUCAGCAACAGACUCCCCUCCGCGACAGAUUUGCCGAACCGCCCUUGUCGACGGCGGAGACGAUGAUUGUCGAGAAGCAAGGCGAUGACGGCUUAUCAGUGCAGGAUUCGCCGCUAGUCCGCAAGGGUCGGCUUCGAAGGAGGAUGGAUAUGCUCACGAUGCAGGCUGCCGAACCGGAAUCCAGCGAAAGCAUCAUCCCUAGCACGGAAGGCAAUGCUUUCCGAUCCAUGGCUGAUGCAGCCAAGAAGGAGAGGAAGCUCCUUGGAGCCAAGGAGUUUGACCGCAAAAAGAGCAAGGCCAAGGAAAUGAUUGAGGAACAGGCCGAGGAGUCCGAGGACGAGUACGCAGGCCUCGGCGGCGCCGAUGGCGAGGAAAGCGACAGCGACUCUGCCGGCUCGGUAGAGGAGAUGAUUGACGACGCGGCUGGCAACGACCGCGACGAGGGAAAACUAGCGGCCUUUUUUGCGGACCGGGAACGAGCGGACGACGAGCAGCAAGUCGAGAAGCUCUUCAAGGACAUAAGCAAAGGCAUGCUCCGUCGCAAGCGAGGCGCCGACUUGGACUUGUCGGAUUCCGACGACGGCGGCGAGGCGCGAAGACGCAUGAAACGGCGCCAGUUUGCCAAGCUGCAAAAGGCGCUGUUUGCCGACGAGCGGGUCAAGAAGAUUGCGGAAAACCCGGGAAACCGAGCUUUCCUCCGCACGAUUGAAGACCGCGGCAGCGACGACGACGACGACGACGACGACGACGAGGCCGACUUCCUGGGGGGGCUGCUUGUCGAGGCGCCCGCUCAGCCGUUGCCCACCAGCACCACCACCAUACCAGACAGCCAGCCGCAACCGCAGCCGCAGUCGCAAGCGGCGGCGCCGGGCGGCAUCGCGACGGGGCCCAGACCCGCGGCCCACCUGCGGAGAACAAAGGACGGCAGGAAGCCGCCUUGCAUUGGGCAAGUGAGACAGACCCUGUCGGACCUCCUGGACGAGGGCUCCUCCGGCUCCGUGGUGCCGGCCACGGAAGCCGGCGGGUCCGACAGCGAGCAGGACGACGACGGGCCGGCGGCCGACAAGGAGAACCAAGCGCCGCCGCCGCCGCCGCCGCCGCCGCUUGUCAUUGACCGCAUCGAGCUGAAGCGCCGCGCGGCGGCGUGCGCCGCCACCGCCACCGCCACCCGCAUGGCGUUCGGGGCGGCGCAGGCGCCGGAGCCGCUGGCGUUCAAGGUGCCGCCGCUGCUGCGACGGGCAACCACCAACUCGUCCCUCCUGUCCGCGGCGGCGCCUGGCGACUCGGCCCCCAGCGCGGGCGGCUUCGGCCAAGAGGCCAGGAUCAAGAAGGGCGCAGGCAAGCGGAGCGGCAUCGGCGGCUUCGCCAGGCAGAACGAGCAGCGGGCCAAGGCGCGCGAGAGCGAGCGGAGGAGGCAGGAGCGCAAGAUCAAGGGCGCGGCGAGGAGAAUCGGCAUGGUCGGGGGGCUGCUGGGCCGAGGGUCGUUUGACCAGCACAGCGGGAGGUAG